ACACAUGUGUGUGCAGUGUAGACGAGCGCGUACGUAACUUAUUGGGAGGUUGCGCGUACGGCAACUCCCGUCGCCUCCGCGCUCCCCUAACCGCCUCCCCCUUGUCUCAUGGUGGAAGUGGAACAACCCUCCGCCCGCGCCGCUGCGAAGUGAGAAGGGAAAACAAGAAACGAUCGAGGGAGGGGACGACGGAGCGAGCUAGCUAGCGGCGCGGCGGGCGUCGCUCGGCAUGGACGCGGAGGCGGCGGCGGCGGCGGCGGCGACGGCGGUGGAGGAGAGGGAGCGGCUGCGGAGGAGCUUCGCGUCGGGGAGGACGCGGCCGGCGGCGUGGCGGGAGGCGCAGCUGCGCGGCCUUCUGCGCAUGGCCACCGAGAGGGAGGACGACAUCUGCGCCGCCCUGCACGCGGACCUCGCGAAACCCCUUACCGAGUGCUACGUACACGAGAUAUCGUUGGUCAUUUCUUCGUGCAAAUUUGCUCUCAAGAAUCUCAAGAAAUGGAUGAAGCCCCGAAAGGUCCCCGGCGGGCUGCUGACCUUCCCGUCGGCGGCCAGCGUCGCGGCGGAGCCUCUCGGCGUCGUGCUCGUCAUCUCCGCCUGGAACUACCCCUUCUUGCUGGCCAUCGACCCGGUCGUGGGGGCAUUCGCGGCGGGCAACGCCGUGGCGCUGAAGCCGUCGGAGGUGGCGCCGGCCACGUCGCUGCUGCUGGCCGACCUGCUGCCGCGCUACGUGGACCCCUCGUGCGUCAGGGUCGUGCAGGGCGGCAUCGCGGAGACCACCGCGCUGCUGGAGCUCCAGUGGGACAAGAUCUUCUACACAGGUAACAGCAGAGUAGGACGCAUCGUCAUGUCCUACGCUGCCAAGCACCUGACGCCCGUGGUCUUGGAGCUCGGUGGCAAAUGCCCUGUCGUCGUCGACUCCGACGUCAACCUCCACGUCGCUGCCAAGAGGAUCGCCGCCGGCAAGUGGGGCUGCAACAGCGGCCAAGCCUGCGUCUCGCCGGACUACGUCGUCACUACCAAAUCGUUCGCGCCAAAGCUGCUGGAGUCCCUGAAGCGAGUGCUGUUCGAGUUCUACGGGGAGGAGCCGCUGCGGUCGCCGGACCUGUCGCGCGUCGUCAACUCCAACCACUUCAACAGGCUCAUGGCGCUCAUGGACGACUACUCGGUCUCCGGCAAUGUCGCGUUCGGCGGCCAGAUCGACGAGCGGCGGCUAAGGAUCGCCCCGACGCUGCUGCUGGACGUCCCGCUCGACUCCGCGAUGAUGAAGGAGGAGAUCUUCGGGCCGCUGCUUCCCAUAAUCACGGUGGACAAGAUCGGCGAGAGCUUCGCUGUGAUCAACUCCAUGCCCAAGCCGCUGGCAGCUUACCUCUUCAGCAACGACGGGCAGCUCAAGCAGCAGUUCGAGAGGACCGUCUCGGCGGGAGGGAUCAUGUUCAACGACACCGGCAUCCACCUGACAAACCCGAACCUGCCGUUCGGAGGAGUCGGGGAGAGCGGCAUGGGCGCCUACCACGGCGCCUUCAGCUUCGACGCCUUCUCCCACAGGAAGGCCGUCCUGGACCGCAGCUUCCUCGGCGAGGCCAGGGCCAGGUACCCGCCGUACACGCCGGCGAAGCUCGCCAUCCUCAGGGGCGUGCUCAAUGGCAGCCCGCUUGCCACGGUUCAGGCGGCUGCGGGGUGUACAGGAGGGGCAUCAGCUGACUGACUGACUGACCCCCCUUCAUGCUUAUUAUUAAUAAUAAGCAUAAAUAUUCACCGCAUACACAUUGCUGUGCUUUUAUUAAGGUUGUUGUGAGGGCGAAAAAUGUAUUGACCCUUUGCGUGUGCGCGUGCGUGUAUAGCAACUAUUAAUAAAAGAAAAAAGUGAUGUUCAUU